AUGUAUCAGACUGAGACUACUGAGAUUGAUAAGAGUGCGAGUGAGGGAGAAAGAAGAAUGGCAUAUGCAUAUUGUCCAGAGCUGGUUGGAGAAGAUGGGGAAGUUGCAACGGCAAAGAUAAAGCAAGAGAAGCCUGAUGUUCAUGCAAUCGUCAACCCCGAAGGAACUAUAAUCACACAAGAGUUGAGGUGCAACCGGGUUCGGGUCUGGGUUGAUGAAAAUGGCGUCAUCACCGCGGUUCCCCACGUUGGCUAG